UUUGCUCUACAACAGUAAAACAGCUACCAAACAAAAAACAAACAAAAUGUUCAAAUACUUUGCUCUCGUAUUCGUGGCCCUAUUCGCCUUCGCUGCCGCCGAACCUAAGCCCGCUGUCGUCGCACCAUUGGCCUACUCAGCUCCAUUGGUCGCCUCCCCCUACGCUGCCGCCUACGCUUCCCCAUAUGUUGCUGCUCCCUAUGCCGCCUAUGCUUCACCUUACGCUGCCUACUCCGCUUACCCAUACAGCGCCGCCUAUGUGCUCCGCAAGUAAAUGGAAUGUAGCAGAAGAAUUGUGAUAGUGAUUGGAAUUGAUUGAUUGGCAAUGAAAUGUUGUUGAAACAUAAUAAAAAAAAA